CCUUGAUUUACAGUCAUCUAUGGUUCCUUAUUCAGAGUCAUAACUCCUUAUCUAAAGGCAUGAUCUAUCUUAUAAAUCAUACCGAUAUAUCUUGCAUUUUCAAUUCCUUAUUUUCUAUUUGUAACACAUUGACCUGUAUGAUUUAAGGGAUGAAUUUAAUUCUUACCUAUACAUAUAUUAUACAAUAUAUAACAUAGCUUUGGCCAGUUUAUGCUUUAUAAACCUUGAAGUAGACUUAAUGUAGACAAACAGAUAAUUGUAGGAAAAAUGAAAUCAUCUGUAUUUUUAAAAACUUGAUAUUAGAUAUUUUUUCAUAGAUUUUUUUUUAAUACAAUGUAUCACUUUAUUUUUAUUCAGAGGUACUGAAACACUAUUUCAGUACAUGUACUUUGUCAGUUUUAUUCAAUGACAAAAUUAGGGUAAAGGUUUGACCAUUUUUUGAAAAACCUAUUAUAUCAUCUAAAUGGUCAAAUAGAGAUUUAAGUAGAAAGAAACUGAUGUGGUUAUUUUGCAGUUUAAAAUUUAAAUUAUUUAUCUGCAAAGUUGAUUCAAUCCUGAUAUGUAUCUAUAGAAUAGCUAAAAUGUUCAAUUCUGUGCAAACUUUCCAAUGAUGUCACAAGACUACUGUAAGCACUUAUCGUUUGACAGUUUUAUUAUUAUAAACAUUAAAAACACUGUAAUUUUUCAUCAUUUAAAUAUCUCAGUUGACGUUAUUCUUCUUCUUCUUCAUGUUACAUUGGUAUCUUCAUGUACAUGUGUUAAGAGCAAACAGAAUAUGGUUUGUAACAAGAAAUUCUAUGGUGAUAAUUUUCAUAUGCCAAUCAUUGUCUCUUUGUCUAAAUAUACUUAAACACACCAAGUGAGUCAUGGAACGCCCAAUCCCUGCAUGAAGAUCUACCAUUAGGAUAUAUAAAUGACACACAGAAGUGAUGUAAGCUGUUGGUUCUUGCUUUUUCAUCGUGACAACCAACGAUCUAAGAAGUGUCAAAGAAAAUUGACUUUCAAGCUAUAUAAUUUGCGAAUUGCAGCAGUAAGAAAUGGAAGAUCUUAAGAAUUUACCAAAUGACAAAGGAGAGAACUUGGCUCGAUUUUUCGAAAAGAUGGAAGUAAAGGAAAAUCAAGUCAUUAAGGACCGCAGACGCAGUUCCCUGAUUCCUCCUUCCAAAGACAAGCUCGCUACUAUGGGAGAUGAACAGUGGGUGGACACGCCCACUUCCCGUCUAUCAAUCUCCGAGAAGUCGGAAUGGGAACGCCUGUACUUGUCUGCAGUCAAGCGCAAGAGUCUUCAUCUAAGCAUUCGUGAGCAAGCCAAGCUAAAUGCCAUGUCGAACUUCAGACCAGGGGAAAUACAUAAUAUCUCGCUCAAUGAUGCAAAGCCACUGCCAUGGAUCAAGACAGAGGCGGAAAAAGCUGCAGAGAAAAACCGACAGAAGAUAGUCAAUGGAGUUGUCCUACAGAUGCGCCCGCGAAAGGCAUCUGUGCAUAGGUUUUCAGACAUACAAAACGAGAAUUUCCGACAGAGUUUUCUGAAGAAGCAGUCGCUGGAACAGCAGAUUAUUGAAGAGCAUUCUCAGCUAAAGAACAGGAGCAGAGAUGAGUAUCUGAAUGCCGAUUUUAUUGUCAGUAAUCAGAAUCAUAGGCUCAGCAUGGACAGUAACUGUUCUGUAUCCAGUCAGAGCUCAUGUGUGAAGCCGACCACAGGCUAUAGAAUGCAAGUCCCUGUGACCAAAGCCAUUCAUUAUCAAAGAAAUCGCACAAAAUGACCUUGAUGAAAAAAGACUAUGACUACGAACUUAAAAAUCUUUUGUAACAUGUUUUCUAGGGUUUUUUGUAUGAAUGCUCUUAAUUUCAAGGUAUAAAGCAACAACUAACAUUAAGCACUGAAAAUGAGAAGAAUAUGUUUGCUUAUGAUUAACAGUGUAUUUGACAGUUUUCAAAUGCAACAAUUAAUGUAUAUGAUAUUACAUAUAAUUAUUAAAAGCAGUAGAAUUAUUGGUACACCCAUAUUUCAUAUUAGCAUGAUUGUAAAAAAAGUAUGUAUGAAUAAAGAAAUGAAUAUCAAGAUGCAA